UUUGGCCUCGGGGCUGCCUCUGCGCUGUUCUGUGGCGGCAGAUCCCCUGGGAAUGGGGCAGAGCCCCCUGGAGAAAUCCAGGUGGAGUCCAUGGGGUGCUUGCGGUAACCUUGACCACCCCCCAUAACCCCUCUUUUCCCCACAUCCUCUCCCCCACACGGCAGAGACGUGGGUCUGAGCCCGCUCAGGGAGCACCUUCCAGCGUCUCCAUGUGCCGUGGCUCUUCCCGCCGGGAUUGCUGGCAGGGGCUGUUGUUCCUCGCUGGUUGUUUUGACCCGGGAGUACACACGAGCACGUGGGCUGUGCGCCUGUGAGCUCCGCCAGGCCUGAGGAGCUCCUUGUUCCCCGUGGUUUUAUGUGAGCCGGGGAAGCAGCUGAUGAGCAGUCGCUGGAACGGGUCGGGCAGGUCUGGGUCCAGGCUGGUAGAGGAGAGGAGGCGGCUGUUUUGUUGGGUGCCAGUGUCUGAGUCCCUCUCGGUGUAUGUGUGGUAACAACAUGUCUGUCCCCCUCCUCGCUGACGCAGUGACUGUCUCAGGGGCAGAGCGGGAGACUGCCGCGGUCAUUUUUUUACAUGGCCUUGGAGACACGGGGCACAGCUGGGCUGAUGCGCUCUCCUCCAUCCGCCUGCCCUACGUGAAAUACAUUUGCCCGCACGCGCCCCGGAUCCCCGUGACCCUGAACAUGAAGAUGGUGAUGCCCUCCUGGUUUGACCUGAUGGGGUUGACUCCAGAUGCACCUGAGGAUGAAGCUGGAAUCAAGAAAGCUGCAGAAAACAUUAAAGCAAUCAUCGAGCAUGAGAUGAAGAACGGGAUCCCACCCAACCGCAUCAUCCUGGGGGGCUUCUCACAGGGUGGUGCCUUGUCGCUGUACACGGCUCUCACUUGCCAGCACCAGCUGGCCGGCAUCGUGGCGCUCAGCUGCUGGCUCCCGCUGCACAAGGCCUUCCCGCAGGCGGCAAAUAACGGCGUGAACAAGGACAUUGCCAUCCUGCAGUGCCAUGGGGAGAUGGACCCCAUGAUCCCCGUCCGCUUCGGGGCCCUCACUGCUGAGAAGCUGAAAUCUGUCGUCACCCCCACCAAGGUCCAGUUCAAAACCUACCCCGGCGUGAUGCACAGUUCCUGUCCUCAGGAGAUGAUGGCAGUGAAGGAGUUCAUCGAGAAGCUGCUGCCCCGGAUCUAAGCGGAGCCAAUCCAGACUGUGGCAGGGAAGGACGCCGAGGCUGCAGCCGCGGAUCCUUCCCCCGUGACCCGCCCGUUGCAUACGGAAGCCAUGGCCCCCCUCCGCACCUCCUGCCUCUCCCCGUCUCCUCGCACCGCAUCCUCUCCGGCCGGGGGUGCCCGUCUCUCCCUGCUGCUCUCGGAGCUGAGAUUGGCGUUAAGGCGAGUCUUUGAGUGGCCUUUUCUCUCUUCCUCUUGCUCUGAGCAGUUUCCGGGGGGGUCUCCCCAUCCCCUGGCUCCCUGUUCAGGCUCCGCGGUGUGUGGGUCCGGCACGGUGCGGGUGAGCUUUUCCUGUUGGGUUUGGUUUAUUUUGUACCAGUAUUAGGGGUGGGAUGUGCCCCCUGUGCGGCGGGAGGAGCGGAGCGGCUGCAGGGCAGGGCUGGGGCACCCUCCGGAGCAGCCCCUGCUCCCGCUCUGCCCUCGGCUCAUCCUCCCUGCGGCUGCUCUCGGCCUCCGCUCGGGCGACUCGCGGGUUUUGGGUCGGAGCUCAGGAACCCGGGACUCUCCCGCGGGGACCCCUCGAGGCUCUGCUCUGGGCUGGUACCACCGAGGGCUGCCCCAUCUCCCCGGGGCUGCAGCAAGGUUCCGCGCAGCUCCUGCACCUCCUCGCGUGGGGCCCGGCCCCUGCCCUGUCGCACACGCACACUCCCCAGCAGCCUCACAGCCAUCGGCUUGUGGCAGCUCUGCCCUCCUGGAGAUAAUCACCUCCUUCUCCUCUUGUUGCUUUUACAAUCUCCUCCUCAGCCCAGCGGGGGUCCCGGAGCCGUCCCUGCCUCCCUCAGCCCAGCUCUGUGCCCUCAGAGCCCCAGAGCGCUGCCCUUUACAGCCAGCGUCCGAGCGGCUUUGCCACAGAGCCCGCCCAGCACCAGCCCAGUCCUUCAUGUCUCUCUUGCUGCUACUUCUCCUUCCCUUUGGGCUUGGGCUGGCACGGGGAGGGAGAGGUGAGGUGAGGAGAGGCCACCGGCCCCCAGGGACGGCUCCUGGCGCAGCUGGAGGAAGCAGGUUUGCUCCCAGCCAUCAUCUCACCAGCAUCUAACGCCGGGGUGCUGCUGCGCCCCAUCCCGGGGGCAGUGGAGGGGUCUCCGUGCUCCCUGGGGGGCUCUGUUGGCCUUUCCAUGUACAAUCAUGGGUUUCCUGGGUUCCCUUGCCCAGCCAGCUGGAGGCUGCAGCCCGGGCCUGGCCUCUCUCGUGGUGGCCUGGCUGGGACCAUCCCCACCAGCCCAGCAGCGCCCUGGGCACGGGGCCCCGAAUGUCCCCUCCGUGGGUGGACUCCUGCCAUCCCCUCCCAUCCCGCAGGGCUGAGGGCACUUGCUGUUGAGCAGCGCUGCCCUUCUCCUCGCCUCCCCCAUGGGCUGAGCCCACGGCGCUGUUGUAGCCGCCUCUUGUCCAGAACACACCACACAACCUGCGCAGCCCCAGGGCCGUGCUCCCUCCUGCUGCCCCGGUGCUGGGGGGGUCCGGCCCUGUGCGGCUGCUUCAGGAGGCUGGAGGGGGGGGCUCCGUUCCAGCCCUGCCCUCCCCGCCUGGGACGCGCAAAGCAAUAACCCGCUCUCCGGAGAGUCGGCUCUGUCAGACCCAGCCUUGGUUGGUUUCUGGGGUUGUUUUGGGUUGGGGUGGGUUUUGUUUUUUCCCUUCCCCCCCCUUUAGGAAAGUCUUAAACCAGCAAACGUGCUGCUGGUGGUGGGGGGAGCUCGGCUCUUCCCCUUGCUUGGGGUCCCGUCCUGCUGCUGCUUCUACUUUGUUUUAAAGCUGCUGUGUCCUCCCCUCCUGUGCUGGGAGGGUGCGAGGGGCUGGGACGGGGCCGCAGCUCCCUGCAGGGUACCCGAGGGCUGGCGGACGGACAGACUGACCUCUUUGACUGUGAACUGGAACCACGCGCGUCGCGGGGGCCCAGGACUCGUGGCCAUCCCUGGGCACAGUGUGGUGGCCACGCUGGCCCCUUGGCAGAGCAUUCCUGCUGCCUCCCCGCCUGAGCAGCACGCGCCUGGCCCGUGCUGAGGACCCGGGAGGGAGAACAGCUUCUCGCCAUUCCUCAGUACAGCUCUUUUCUUUUCUUCUUCUUUUUUGUCUUCCUUGUACAUGUUUGGGGGUUUUUGUGUGUGUGUUCCACAGAGUCAGAAACAAGGUGAAAUAAAUGGUAAACCUCUCCCAGA